UGUGAAGUUUAUAUCAAGGAAGGCCUCUCAGAGGAGGUGCCCUUUGAGCAGAAACCUGUAGAAGAUGAGGGUGGGAGUUACAGGUGUGUGGGAGAUGGGCCAGGUGGAAUGGCUUGUGCAAAAGCCCUGAGAUGGGAGCACCUGCAACAGAGGGGCCAGCGUGGCUGGCUCAGAGGAACCAGGAGGAGAGAGCUGGGAGUCGGGCAGCCCUCCUGCGGGGCCCUGUGGGCCACGGCGGGGACAAUGACGGGCGUGUCCCCGCACAACUGCGUGCGUGGGGCCACCCAUGUCCGCACCACGGGAACCCGAGGAAUCCCAGAAACUGAAAGAAGAAGCAAAGCCCUAUCUGCACGCUCCCUGCCCCCACCUGCCCGCGGCCCCGCCGCGACAGAGGCGACUUCCUUUUUCCAGCCUAUUUAAGUCCCAGCCCGCAGAGCCCCGGAGAAGAGGUGGCCGCACGCAGCCCAGCCAUGGGGGACCCCUUCAUUCGCCACAUCGCCCUCCUGGGCUUCGAGAAGCGCUUCGUCCCCAGCCAGCACUACGUCUACAUGUUCCUGGUGAAGUGGCAGGACCUGUCUGAGAAGGUGGUCUACCGGCGCUUCACUGAGAUCUACGAAUUCCAUAAAAUCUUAAAGGAGAUGUUUCCUAUCGAGGCGGGGGACAUCACCCCAGAGAACAGGAUCAUCCCCCACCUGCCAGCCCCGCGGUGGUUUGAUGGGCAGCGGGUGGCCGAGAGCCGCCAGGGCACCCUCACUGAGUACUGCAACUCGCUCAUGAACCUGCCUGGCAAGAUCUCCCGCUGCCCCCACCUCCUCAACUUCUUCAAGGUGCGCCCUGAUGACCUCAAGCUCCCCACGGACAGCCAGGUGAAAAAGCCAGAGACAUACCUGAUGCCCAGAGAUGGCAAGAGUAACGCUGCAGACAUCACGGGCCCCAUCAUCCUGCAGACGUACCGCGCCAUCGCUGACUAUGAGAAGAGCUCAGGCUCCGAGAUGGCUCUGGCCACAGGCGACGUGGUGGAUGUCGUGGAGAAGAGCCAGAGUGGCUGGUGGUUCUGCCAAAUGAAGACAAAGCGCGGCUGGGUCCCGGCGUCCUACUUGGAGCCCCUGGACAGUCCCGAUGAGGCAGAAGACCCAGAACCCAACUAUGCAGGUGAGCCCUACGUCACCAUCAAAGCCUACACUGCCCUAUUGGAGGACGAGAUGUCUUUGGAGCAGGGCGAAACCAUCGAGGUCAUUCAUAAGCUCCUGGAUGGCUGGUGGGUCAUCAGGAAAGAAGAUGUCACAGGUUACUUCCCAUCCAUGUACCUGCAGCAGGCAGGGCAGGACACAGACCAGGUCCAAAGCCGGAUCAAGAGGGGAGCGCCACCCCGCAGGUCGUCCAUCCGCAACGCGCACAGCAUCCACCAGCAGUCACGGAAGCGCCUCAGCCAGGACACCUAUCGGCGCAACAGUGUCCGUUUUUUGCAGCAGGGCCGCCGCCGGGCGCCGCCGGGGCCCCAGAGCCCAAGGAGCCCGCUGAAGGAGGAGGAGCCGCCCAAGACCGAGCGCCCCAAGCCGCAGCCGGCCGUGCCCCCGAGGCCCAGCGCAGACCUCAUCCUGCACCGCUGCAGCGAGAGCACCAAGCGGAAGCUGGCCUCCUCCGUCUGAGGCCGCCCCCACAUGAUGCUCUCCCCACCUCCAGCCCCUAUCCCUGUAUAUACAUGUAUAGAGCCUGAGGUUUGGCGGCAGGUGGCAGCCCCUGGC